GAUAUUUCAGCACCGUCCUCUAUUUAAUAACUUUAUAAGCAGAAGAACCAAAUCCAUUUAGAGAGAGAAAUAGAACCAAACCGAUUAAGAGAGAGAAAGUGAGAGAGCAAAAUGGUUUUGCUAGACAAACUUUGGGAUGAUGUUUUAGCCGGACCACACCCAGAACGUGGCCUAGGCAAGCUCAGGAAGCUCACCACUGGAAAAUUGAACAUCAAAGAUGGAGAAGGAGAGGGGAGCAGGUUCCAGAGGUCCUUGUCGAUGCCGGGGAACCCAGGGACACCGGAGACACCGAUGACGCCAACAACGCCGUCACCAACGACGGCGCCCAAGGACAAUGUGUGGAGGAGCGUCUUCAAUCCUGGUAGCAACCUCGCCACCAAAGAUAUUGGUGCUGGGGUCUUUGACAAGCCAACUCCUAACUCCCCCUCUGUUUAUGACUGGCUCUACAGUGCGGAGACCAGGAGCAAGCAUCGCUAAGGUGACGAUUACCGUACCGGGGCUUGCAUGUAAAUAGUGUCCUUUAUAUCUCAGUGUCCGCAACGUGUCCUGGUUGCAUUACGUUUCCUUUUUGAUGUGAGAGCUAGUGAACCAUAAUAAGCUUUCACUUUCAGUAGGGUGUUGAGUACUGACACGAUUGAUGUGAGUCUUUUGUACAGGUGUGAUCUGGACGGUGGUGAUAAGCUGCUUUUAUUAUUAUUACGGAAUAAAUAAAUGAAGUGUCUAAUUUGUUUUUGUUUUUUGCUAUUUAUAAAUAAAAUCUUCACUUUAUCA